UCUCCCGGAAGGCCGCGUCCGCUGUGCACGCGUCCUCUGCCUCCUCCGCGUCCCUGCGCAAAUCAAGCCAUGCCUUCUCUGGAGUACAAGUCCCCGCACCUGCGCCGGGCGUUUGUGGUGGGGGUUGGCAUGACCGAGUUUACGAAGCCUGGCCAUAACUCAAGAGAUUACCCUGAGUUGGCAGAAGAAGCAGGCAAGAAGGCUUUAGCUGAUGCCAAGAUCCCCUACUCUGCAGUAGAACAGGCAUGUGUGGGCUACGUUUAUGGUGAGUCCACUUCUGGGCAGAGAGCUAUCUAUCACAGUUUGGGACUGACUGGAAUUCCUAUCAUCAAUGUCAACAACAACUGCUCUACUGGCUCUACUGCUCUAUUUGCAGCUCGGCAGCUGAUUCAGGGUGGUUUGGCAGACUGUGUCUUGGCUCUUGGGUUUGAGAAGAUGACGAAGGGAGCAAUUGAAGUAGACUUAGCAAAUGAUUGUACCCACCCUGUAUAUAAACAUGUUGAAGUCUUGGCCAAUAAGUAUGGAGUUUCUGCCCAUCCUAUUACUGCUCAAAUGUUUGUGGGUGCUGGAAAAGAGCACAUGGAAAAAUACGGAACAAAAAUUGAACACUUUGCAAAUAUUGGAUGGAAAAAUCAUAAACAUUCAGUUAAUAACCCGUAUUCCCAGUUCAAAGUUGAAUACAGUUUAGAUGAAAUAAUGAAAUCUCGAAGAGUUUUUGAUUUUUUGACUAUCUUACAAUGUUGUCCCACUUCAGAUGGUGCUGCUGCAGCAGUUUUGGCUAGUGAAGAAUUUGUACACAAGUAUGGACUGCAAUCCAAAGCUGUAGAAAUUGUGGCACAAGAGAUGAUGACUGAUUUGCCAAGCUCAUUUGAAGAGAAAAGCGUUAUUAAAACGGUUGGCUAUGAUAUGAGUAAAGAAGCUGCUAGAAAAUGCUAUGAGAAAUCUGGCCUUAGACCAAAUGAUGUUGAUGUAAUAGAACUUCAUGACUGCUUUUCUAUCAAUGAACUCCUUACUUAUGAAGCAUUGGGACUCUGUCCAGAAGGGCAAGGUGCAACACUGGUUGAAAGAGGAGAUAAUACUUAUGGAGGGAAGUGGGUCAUCAAUCCUAGUGGUGGAUUGAUUUCAAAGGGACACCCAUUGGGAGCUACAGGCCUGGCCCAGUGCGCCGAGCUCUGCUGGCAGCUGCGCGGCGAGGCCGGAAGAAGGCAAGUUCCGGGGGCGAAGGUGGCCCUGCAGCACAACCUGGGUCUCGGCGGCGCCGUGGUCGUCACCCUCUACAGGAUGGGCUUCCCAGAGGCCGCCAGAACACAUCAGAUUAAGGCUGUACCCACCAGCUCUGCAGGCAGCGGGUUCAAGGCAGACCUUAUCUUCAAGGAGAUCGAAAAGAAGCUUGAAGAGGAAGGUGAGCAGUUUGUGAAGAAAAUUGGUGGUAUUUUUGCAUUCAAGGUGAAGGAUGGCCCUGGGGGUAAAGAAGCCACUUGGGUAGUGGAUGUAAAGAACGGCAAAGGAUCGGUGCUUCUGAACUCAGAUAAAAAGGCUGACUGCACAAUCACUAUGGCCGACUCAGACUUGCUGGCUUUGAUGACUGGGAAAAUGAAUCCUCAGUCAGCCUUCUUCCAAGGUAAAUUGAAAAUCACUGGCAACAUGGGCCUGGCAAUGAAGUUACAGAGUCUUCAACUUCAGCCAGGCAAAGCUAAACUGUGAAGAACACCUCUGACAACUUGGGAAAACCAAGAUGAGAUAUUUAGAUAUCUCUCCAUCUCCUGUAUUGUCACAGCUUAGCUUGAAACCAUACACAGGCAACUAGCAUAAGUUAGAUUUGUUGUUAAAUCGGGGUGAUGGAUCAUGUUUUUCCUAAUCUCUGGGUAAACAGGGUCUUGUGGUGUACUACUGCUUGGCGGAAUUCCAUACAAUUGUACGUGACAAAGUUAGUAUGGUAAUUAUGGUUUGGGGUGAGUUUAAGUUUCAGAAUAAAAUUAGGAACAGUAAAAUCUUAAGGAUUAUGUAAACGAAAGCUCUUGUUUUUCUUAGAGCUAUAUAUAAGGUUUAUUCUGCUGAAGAUUCAAUUUAAGACUUUUCUUUAAGGGAACUAGGGUAAAAACAGAAAUACUAAUAGCUGAGCAGUAAUUAUAGUGUUUUACAGUUGAUAACCUUCAUGGAUUUCUUAUUAAUAGUUCUUAACAUUCUGCAUUGGGAUUAACCAGGAAAAAAAAUCUAAAAGUUUUGCAUAUGUCAUACCAUCAGAAACCAUUCCCCCCACCAAAAAAGGAAUUAUGAUCAAAGCUUGGGGGAAAUUUUGUAGUUGAACACAGGCCUAUUUUUAAAGUAAAAAUAUUUUUAAAAUGGGUUUAUUUCUUGAAAAAUCAGGGUAUUAUAGUCAUAUAAUGCUGUUGCUAAAAAUAAUAGAAAAAAUACAUUUGUUUUUCAGAUGCACAAUUUUCAAAUUGUAAUCUCAUUAACUUUUACUAUAAUUUUUCUUUUUCCUAUGCUUAAAUAAUUAUCCACAUUUGCCUUUUCUUUAUAGUCUUUCAAAUUCUAAUAUUAUUUCUUAUCAUUCAGACAUGGAAUAAAAAUAAUACUUUUGGAAGAAUAUUUAAUAGAUAAUAAAGUAGCUCUUCCUGA